GGCAGACAAGAGACUGCCCACAGUGUGCAGCCCCUAAGAAGGCAGGUGGAGGAGCACAGAUCUGAGCUGCAGAGCCCGGCCUCACCCAGGAGGGAAGACAGCUCCCGGCUUGUAACAGGAGGGAGGGCGGAGGCCGGGGUCACGUGGCCAUUCUGGUGGCUUCCGAGGAAGGGAGAUUCCUUCUCACAGGGGUUACUGUGAGAAGUAGGAGGCAGGGCCAUCUGCGCAAAGUGAGGGUGUGUGUAUCUGUUGCCACCUAACAGGUUGUCCCAAACCUCAGUGACUUAAAACGAUGAUGAUCAUGUAUCAGAUCUCAUGGUCUUUGUGGUUCAGGAGUUCAGGACCGCUUCACUAGAAGGUUCUGGCUCAGAGACUUUCCUGAGUUCCUAGCGGGCUCUCAGCUGGGCUGCAGCCAUCUGGAGCCUGGACUGGUGCCGAGGGUUCAAGGCCAAGGCGGUUUGCUCCCAGGCAGGCACGUCAGUGGUGCUGCUGGAAGGAGGCCUCGGUUCCUCUCCAAGUCGGUCCCUCCGUGGGGCCACCCGAGUUCCUUGUAACAGGGCUUCCUCCGGAGCAAGCGGGGCGAGAGACCAAGCAACGCUGCAAUGCCUUGGAGCACCCAGCCUGGGAAGUCACCCCCAAGGCGCUCUUGUGACCCGGGUCAGCCCGACGCAGGCGGGUGUGGACACCAGGAGGCUUGGGUCAUGGGGGCCAUUCAGGAAGCUGGUUGCCGCGGAGGGCGGAGAGGAGGGUGUGCGAGGGGUAAAGAGAUUAGAGGCCUGAUGGUGGGGAGCCGCACGGACUUACAGGAUGUCCUGCAGGGUCAAGGCUGUUUGCAUGUUGGUGACCGUGCUUCCCCAGAGGUGGCUGCAUGACAGCCCCACCGCGGGUAGGUCCCCUGGACGCUGCCAUGGAGCCGGCAGGUCACUGGAACCGGGCCAGGUGCAGCUCUGCUGGGCAGGGGCGCGGGCAGGGUGUGUGGAUGAGGAAUGUGUGAGUGAGGGGUGAUGAAAUCGAGGGGGGAAGCGUGAGAUGAGAACAGGACGUGCCUGAUGAAGUAGCGGGGGCGGGGGAGAGUCCUCCGUGUGGUGAAAGAACACGUGUAAGGGGCGCCGGGGUGGCUCAGUCAGUUGAGCGUCUAACUCCAUUUCGGCUCAGGUCACAAUCUCACAGUUCACGGGAUCGAGCCCCGCAUUGGGCUCUGCGCUGGGUGUGGAUCCUGCUUGAGAUUCUCUGUCUCCCUCUGCACCCCCGCCCCCAACUCACACUUGCCCUCUUUCUCUCUCUCUAAAAAAAAAACAAACAAAACACAUGUAGGGAAAGAAAACAUGAACAAGGACAACGUUUGGGAGGCUGGAUUCAGAGAGACCUUUCUCAGCUAUUGUUUUAGGUGGCAGAAUAGUGUCAGGUGAUGACAGGGUCUAGGGUGGCGCCCCAGGUGGAAGGGGACAAACUCGUAACACCGAGGGUCGUCCUCACGCACUCUGACGUCACCCGUCAUCUGAGGGCGGUGGGGCUGGGGGAGGCAAAGACUAGUAUCAGCCGUCGUCAUCUCCAGUAACCAAAGGGUCGGACCUGGGAAUGUGUUUGUGACAGCCACCUGCAUGAGAAGAAUGUGCCCUGAGACUCAGGGAAGCUGGGGAUUUAGGUGGGGCAGCGGAGGCGUGUCCCGGUCAAACCGUUAGGACCCAAGAGGACGAGCUCUGGCUUCGCCAGGCCUGGUUCAUCACCUGCUAAGUAAAGACCCAAUACUGGGGACCCCACCUGCAUGUUGAAGGAGGACACAACGGGCAGGCUAAGAUGGGUUGGUCCCCAGAAGCCCACGGUGGGAGAGAGGCUGUGAAGGCUUCCUGUUGUCCCGUUUCCACCAGGGCCCGGCCUGAGCGCGCUGUGCCGACCAGAGGAGGAGCGUCCGGGUUCUUCCGCUGCCCAUUGUCUGGGGAAAUUCCUGUCUGAGUCACAGGAUGGCGGCCGUGGUUCUGCCCCCCACUUGUGUGGUGUCCCUUGAACUUCAGUUUCUUCAUCUGUGAAAUGGGACUAAUAAUCUCUUCCUCCAGGUCAGUAAGACCCUUGGCCCUAUUUCCUGGCCCUGGGUCCUGGGUGAGACCGGGCCACUCUGACACAUGUCCUGUGAAAGCUGUGUGUGUGUGUGUGUAUGUGUGUGUCCACCCACACUGUGUGGGGUGGUCAUGGGUGUGGCCGUGCGUGUGCGUCUCGGGGUGUGGUCAUGUGCAGGUAGGUGGGGAAGCCCCCAGACUGGUGAGUGCUGGCAUACAGAGCCGUCCUGGGCUCUCCUGACUCAUUUCUUCUUCUCCAGCUCAGCCUUCCCUGUACUCAGCCUCUCCUCGGAGCGGACGCACGGAGGAGGAAGGGUUGGCUAAGGGCUUCCUGACUGGCUGGUUACCGCCCUGCAGAUGGAGGGAGAUCAGCUUGCAGGAUUUCACAGUCUCACUGGACACUCGGUGACCUUCGAGGAUGUGGCCGUGGAGUUCACCCAGGAGGAGUGGGCCCUGCUGGACCCUUCUCAGAGAACACUGUACAGAGACGUGAUGCAGGAGAACUGCAGGAACCUGGCCUCGCUCGGGCUCGGCCUGAGCGCGCUGUGCCGACCAGAGGAGGAGCGUCCGGGUUCUUCUGCUCCCAUUGUCUGGGGAAAUUCCUGUCUGAGUCACAGGAUGGCGGCCGUGGUUCUGCCCCCCACUUGUGCUCAGCCUUCCCUGUACUCAGCCUCUCCUCGGAACAGACGCACGGAGGAGGAAGGGUUGGCUAAGGGCUUCCUGACCGGCUGGUUACCGCACUCGGUGACCUUCGAGGAUGUGGCCGUGGAGUUCACCCAGGAGGAGUGGGCCCUGCUGGACCCUUCUCAGAGAACACUGUACAGAGACGUGAUGCAGGAGAACUGCAGGAACCUGGCCUCGCUCGGAAAUCAAGUUGGUAAGCCUGGUGUGGUCUCCAAAUUGGAGCAAAAAGAUAAAGUGGUGACAAAGGAGACUGGAAUUCUCCCAGGCAGCUUUCCAGAUUUGGAGACUCUACUUAGAGCCAAAGGGUUAACUUCUAAGCAGCAUGUUUUCAGACAAGAACAACACAAAGGUGUAAAAAUGGAAAGAAAUCAUCUCGGAGUGAAAGUCAAUGAAUGUAAUCAGUGCUUUAAAGUCUUCAGCACAAAAUCUAACCUCACUCAGCACAAGAGAAUUCAUACUGGAGAAAAACCCUAUGACUGUAAUCAAUGUGGCAAGUCCUUCAGCAGUAGAUCCUACCUGACCAUUCACAAGAGGAUACACAAUGGGGAGAAGCCCUAUGAAUGCACAGACUGUGGCAAAGCCUUCAAUGAUCCCUCAUCCCUUAGGCUGCACGUGAGAAUUCACACUGGAGAGAAACCCUACGAAUGUAAUCAGUGUUUCCAUGUCUUCCGCACUAGGUGUAUCCUCAAAAGGCACAAGGGAGUUCAUACCGGGGAGAAUCAUUAUGAAUGUAAGCAGUGUGGGAAGGCCUUCAGCACAAGGUCCUCCCUUACUGUGCAUCACAGAAUUCAUACGGGGGAGAAACCCUAUGAGUGCCAUGACUGUGGGAAAGCCUUUAGGAAGAGCUCACAUCUGACACAGCACGUGAGAACUCAUACUGGAGAAAAACCCUAUGAGUGUGAUCAGUGUGGAAAAUCCUUCAGCAGUAGCUUUUCUCUUACUGUGCACAAGAGAAUACAUAAUGGAGAGAAACCUUAUGAAUGUAGUGACUGUGGGAAAGCAUUUAACAAUCUCUCGUCUGUUAAGAAACAUGUGAGAACUCACACUGGAGAGAAACCCUACAAAUGUAGUCAUUGCGGAAAAUCUUUCACCACUAACUCUUACCUUUCUGUGCACAAGAGAAUUCAUAAUAGGUAGAUAGGAAUGCAGUGACUAUGGGAAAGAAUCCAUUGAUUUCUCAACCUCAGACAUCUUGGCAAUUCAUACUGGAUGCAGAAAUUAUCUUUGCAUAACAAAUUAACCCCAAAACGUAGUCCUUUAAAGCAACAAACCUUUAUUAUCUCACAAUUUAUGUAGGUCAGGAGUUCAGAAAUGGAUUAGCUACGUGAUUCUAAUUCUAGCUCCCUCAUGAGGUUGCCAUCAAUAUGUCAACUAGAACUACCAUCAUCUGAAGUCUUUAGGAAUGAAGGGUCCACUCUGAAGGUUGAUUAUUCACAUGCCUGACAAACUAGUGCCAGUUGUUGGCAUGGGACCUGCAGUCCCUCGCCAUGUAGGCCUCUCCACAGUGAUGAGUGUCUUUACAAUAUGGCAGCAGGUUCUCUCCAAAUAAAGUGAUCCAAAAGAGCCAA